AUGAAGGAGUCGCAGCAAAGCGGGGACAAGCGCGAGGAGGACAUCUCUCCGAGCAGGGACUCUGAGCGAGCCUGGCCGCAAGCCUGGCCGCAAGCCUGGCCGCAAGCCUGGCCGCAAGCCUGGCCGCAAGCCUGGCCGCAAGCCUGGCCGCAAGCCUGGCCGCAAGCCUGGCCGCAAGCCUGGCCGCAAGCCUGGCCGCAAGCAUGGCCGCAAGCAUGGCCGCUCCGAGCCGCCGCUCGUCUCCGCCUGGACGCGCUGGACUUCACCGACCUUUGGGAUGAGGAAGACCUGCAAGUGGACGCAGCGAGCCACUCGGGCAGGGCCUGGGGCGAGGAAGGCUCCUGUGGCGUCUUAGCGCCUCCUCCACUCCCACCUCCUCUGGAGGUCUCCCCCGUUAAAAACGCCACCCUGAAGCUCCACUGGCAGCCACUGCAGAGCGUGCCGCCGCUUCCCAGGAGGACUCGCUUCGGAACACGGAGCAUCUGGAGCCUCCUGGAGCCGGUCCGACUGGAUACGGCGCGACUGGCCUUCCUGUUUGAACGCAAGGGCAAGAGCUCGGCUCCUUUGGCCGCCGGACGAGGGAAACGUGUUUCGGUGCUGGGGCUGGCGAGGAGUAACAACAUCAGCAUUACCUUGAGCGGCCUGCCUCCACAGCACCUCCUCCCUCCCGCCAUUUUCAGCAUGGACGGCAGCGUCCUGGACCGCGAGGACAUUCGGCGCCUUCAAACGCUGAUCCCGACCGAGGAGGAGCUUCGUCUGAUCAAGGAGGCCAAAGGGCGCCACGCCGACCUCUGCCUGGCCCCGGCCGACCUCUGCCUGCUGGCUCUGGGGGAGAUCCCUCACCUGGGCUCCAGGCUUCAGCUGUGGGCCUUUGUGCUGGAUUACGACUCCUUGGAGCAGGAGAUCGCCAAGCCCCUCUUCUACCUGAAGCAGGCCAUGGAGCAGCUGCUCGCCAGCCAGGCCUUCAGACACGUUUUGGCGACGGUGUUAGCCGUGGGUAACGUUCUCAACGGAUGCGAGGCCCGGGGCUUCGAGUUGAGCUACUUGGGCAAGCUUUCUCAAGUGCGGGACACGCAUUGCCGCCAACCUCUUCUGCACCACGUUUGCGCGCUCGUGCUGCAGCUCUACCCGCACUCCUCGGACCUCUACUCGGACCUGAGCGCGGUCAGCAAAGCCGGCAAGGUGCAGCGGCGUUCCCUCCCCGACCCAUCGGGCCGUCCAAAGUUGGAGCGGGUCGAGCGCUUCGCUUCUGCGUGUUUGCAGUGUGACUACUUGCUGGUCCGAGCCAACCUGGAGCACCUGGAAGCCCUGUCCGAGGGCUCGUGGGAGCAGAUGACCACGCUUUUGGAUCACCGUUCGGAGCUCCGCCGCCGGCUGCCAAAUCUUCUGAAAGAGCGCGCCGACAGGACCGAGGCCCUGAGGGCUGUUCACCGUCGGGUGACCAACAGGUUCCACUCCUUCCUCCUCUUCCUGGGCUACUCCAGAGCCAUGGCGCGAGAAACCAGAGCGCAGGACUUCUGCAGAACCAUCAGCAACUUCUCCCUGGAGUUUCGGGCCGCUCAGCAGACGCUCCUCCGCCAGAAAGAGCGUGCCGCCAGAAGCCAAAGGGCCAAAAGUCCGCCGUCUCGCACCGAGCAAAGCGAGCAACAUUCUAUGCUGGAGGAGGUGCUGAGAAGACCCCAGUCCGCCUCCGGGCCCGACGGGACUGUACCUCUGCGCCGCGAGAGGAUCUCCAGCCUCCGAGGUCCGGUGUGGACGAGCUGCAAGCGCUAAGCCCGCCGCCCAUGAAGAGCGCCUGCGGUUUGGUACGAGCACAAAGUAUGAACGGCGCUCUCAGAGCCACGUCUGCAUCGUUCUCAUUUGUCCUCUUGCGCUUUGGGGAGGGCGCCACCGGUGACCCACUCCAGUCAAAGAACAUACGAGGGACACGCUGGCGUGGUCACGUGACCCAUCGGCAGGAGAAGAAGCUCAAACAACGUCUUGAAUCAUCUUGCGUGCCGCCGACCGUUGGUCUGGCGUCCAUUUUGGGGGAAUGACUCGGCCGGUCUCGUCAGCUCCGUUUGUUGGCGCUUCAAUCCCGUUUUGAAAUAAAAUGUGUCGAGCGAG